UCGGACGUUACAACAUUUUGAUCUGAAGCAACGACGGGAGCUCCCUCUCGCUCGCUGUGAAGUUCUUAGUGCUGGAAUAGUGUGUUGAAGGAAUCGCUAAAGAAGCUUCUCCGGCUCCUUCCAGGACGUCGGAGCGGAAGUCACGAUGAGAGCUCGCUCUGCGACGGUGACCAUCUUUAUCCCUUUCGCGCGCUUCUUCGGCUAAAUCCCGUAAAUCGGCCGAACUAGGAUUCAGUAAAUCCGGGAUUUACGGUAAAAAGACGGAAACGGAGGAUUUAUUCCGCCAUGAGAUUUACCAGGCGCUCAAGUUCCGUUCGCUCAAAUCCUGCUUAAAUUUUGUUGCCAAACAGCCCCUAAAGGUCGAUUCUUCCGACGAUCCACUACAUCAACACUCAUAAGGAAAUUCUUACUUUCAUAGAGGACACACGUUGCAUGCCAUAAAUUUCUACCUAGCUCCCUUCAAUUAGGAAAUGGAUGUAAAUACUGUCAACCUCAUUGUUAUUCCUAUUGGCAACAAAGCUAAUAUUUAAUUGGGUAUAUGAAAUCAAAUUGGGGCAUUGGGCCAUUUUUUAGCAUUUGAGCUUAGCAACUGCAAAAUUUCAGUUGCAACAAUGAUCAUUUCUAAAUCUAGAGAUGUUUGUCUUCCAAUAAUGAAUUUGAUCAGAACAAAAGGGUUUUCCAUAUUACAACAAUUACAUAUGGAGGAAAGGCUGCUUCGGGCAUCUUCAGAUAAUUGGUGUAUCAUUAAUAAUGGAACAAACCAACCUAAUAUUGUCAUGGGCAUAUCCGGGAAGCCUGAAGAGCUUAUUGAAGUAGAGUUGGUGCUUCAAGAUCAGGUUCCUGUGAUUCGAAGGUUCACUGGAGGAGGCACAGUAAUCGUUGAUGACAGGACUAUUUUUGUCACUUUUAUUUGUAAUAAAAAUGCUAUUCCUGGGCUACAGCCAUAUCCUCGUCCGAUUAUGUCUUGGACAGGGCAAUUGUAUAAAAAUGCCUUUGAAGCUUAUGGUAAUUUCCAGCUUUGUGAAAAUGAUUAUGCAUUCGGUCUCCGCAAAUUCGGUGGGAAUGCUCAAUCUAUAACUAAAAAUCGCUGGAUCCACCACACAUCUUUUUUAUGGGAUUAUGAUGCCAAGAGCAUGGAGUACCUGAGAUUACCCAAGCGAGCUCCAGAAUAUAGAUUGGCAAGAAAUCAUUCUGAAUUUUUGUGCCGAAUGAAGGAUUAUCUGACAUCAAGAUCAACUUUUAUUGAAAGAACGAUUUCUUCUCUUGAAGAUCAUUUCUCAGUUAGAAUCACAGAAUUCGAUUGCGUCAUUGAUGCUAGUGAAUCAUCACAAGUCCUUACAACCAAAUUGUUAACAAACCAAGAGCUGGAGAAGGCAUACUCGACCCAGCACCAGAGCUUCCAAAAGUAGCGCAGCUGAGGUAAGUAUAUUUUUUUGUUCAAGUAAAAUUUCCUACUGUCUUAGAAUAAUGUCUUGAUUAAAUUCUUUUGUACUAAUUUAUUGUAUGAUCUUUGUUUAAAAUAUUCAUAUACUGAUAAGCAUCUAAAUCAUUUAUAAUCA